AUGCUAGCUUUAGUGGCUGCUGCAAUGGCUGGAACCUGUGACCUAGACAAUUUUACCAUUUCUCUGAGGUUCCCAUCCAGUUAUUCCAUUAGAUUCCAGAAAUGUGAAUAUGCAAAAUCUAAGUUGUUCAGGACUGAAGGGCGUGGUUGGGGUCUUUCAGCUGAUGAGAAUAUAAAGGCUGGACAGUUCAUCAUGGAAUACUGUGGAGAAGUGCUAUCAUCUGAAGCAGCAAAGAAAAGGUGUCUGGCUUAUGAAGCUCAUAAAAUCAAGGACGCAUACAUCAUGUCACUGAACGCGAAUUAUUUCAUUGAUGCUACCAAGAAGGGAAGUCUAGCAAGAUUCAUUAAUCAUUCAUGCCAACCAAAUUGUGAAACAAGGAAAUGGAUAGUGUUAGGGGAAACAAGGGUAGGAAUAUUUGCAAAGAGAGAUAUAUCCGUUGGAAUGGAGCUUUCAUAUAACUAUAACUUUGAGUGGUAUGGUGGUGCACCUGUUCAUUGUCUGUGUGGAGCUGCAAACUGUUCUCUUUUUUUGGGUGCCAAAUCUCAAGGAUCUAGGGAGUGUAGCACUGUCUUGGAAGAAGGGAAUAACAGACAUAUCGUAGAGAAUCUUCCACUUUAUGAUGAUGAAUCUUCUCCAGUGAUCUCUGGAACUAGUGGAGGAAAUGAGCACACAAAGAUAUUGAAUGACGGUGAGGGGUCUACGUUCCAGUUGGAACCAACUAAUAGCGCAACCAAAAAGAAGUAUCAGCACAAACCCAAGUUGAAGGUCACAUAUCUCAUUCUUACUUUUAUUCCAUGUACUUUCACAGUAUUGUAUUCUUCAGUUGAUUGUGUUUCUUUGAUCCUUAACAGCGAUUAA